AUGGUGGGAACCCCAGGGCCGACCCCCACCGCCGCGGUCCCGGAACUGCGGCCGGCCCGGUGCCCCGCCCAGCCCCGCUCGGCUACCCCAGCCCCGGCCCCUCCCCGCUCCGCACUUGCAAGGCUCCGCGCGGCCCACGAGCGCCGCCUGACGGAGCGCUUGACGGCCGCGCAGAUCACGGAGUACAAGGGGGUCUUCGAGAUGUUUGACGAGGAGGGCAACGGGGAGGUGAAGACGGCCGAGCUGGAGCGGCUCAUGAGCCUGUUGGGCAUCAACCCCACCAAGAGCGAGCUGACCUCCAUGGCCAAGGACGUGGACCGAGACAACAAAGGCUUCUUCAACUGUGACAGCUUCCUGGCCCUGAUGGGGAUUUACUGGGAGAAGGCCCAGAAUCAGGAGGGCGAGCUGCGGGCAGCUUUCCGAGUCUUCGACAAGGAGGGCAAGGGCUACAUCGACUGGGACACACUCAAGUAUGUGCUCAUGAACGCAGGCGAGCCCCUCAAUGAGGUGGAAGCAGAGCAGAUGAUGAAGGAGGCAGACAAGGACGGGGAUGGGACCAUCGACUAUGAGGAGUUCGUGGCCAUGAUGACCGGAGAGUCCUUCAAGCUGGUCCAGUAG